CAGACAGAAAAGAAAAAUGAUUGUAUGAGAUCCUCUAGAAGGGCCGACUUUGAUUAAGAAUCCAAAUUAGGCAGGGGGAGACCGAAAUGUCUUGGUCUGCCUGGCUGUCUAGAUGAUCCACCAUGAAACGUCAAAGAAAAAAUUUGCACUAAAUUCCUCGCUACCCAGUUCUCGCCUUAUUAUAUGUAGAACCAAGAAGUAACAAGUAAAUAAAGAAAUAAGAAAAAAUGGAGUUGAGUCAGUGUUCUAAAAGUAUUUUCUUCUUGUUGUUGAUGGUCCUCUUUGCUUCUCCUUCUUCUUCUUCUUCUUCUUCUGCUUCCAGUUCCUUUUCAGAUUCUGUUUUUGACUCUCAUGGUUCUACUGGGAGGAAUCUGCUGCAGGCUAAGAAAGCUUGCCCAGUAAACUUUGAGUUCCAGAACUAUACAAUCAUCACAAGUCAAUGUAAAGGGCCCAAGUACCCUCCCAAAACCUGCUGUGCAGCAUUCAAGGAAUUUGCUUGCCCUUUUGCGGAUGUCUUGAAUGACUUGACCAAUAACUGUGCAUCAACCAUGUUCAGCUACAUCAACCUCUAUGGGAAAUACCCUCCUGGCCUUUUUGCCAGUGCUUGCCGGGGAAGGAAAAAGGGGCUUCUUGCCUGCAACCCCACCCACCGCGAUUCGCUCGAUGCUUGCCCAGUAAACUUUGAGUUCCGAACUAUACAAUCAUCACAAGUCAAUGUAAAGGGCCCAAGUACCCUCCCAAAACUGGCAUGCGACAUUCAAGGAAUUUGCUUGCCCUUUUGCGGAUGUCUUGAAUGA